AUGGCUAAUCAUGUUCUCCUGCUGUUUGCCUUUCCCAGGUGCAAGUUCUUCAGCCUCACUGAAACCCCAGAGGACUACACCAUCAUUGUGGAUGAAGAGGGCUUCCUAGAGCUCCCUUCCUCGGAACACUUGAGCGUGGCCGAUGCAACAUGGCUUGCCCUCAAUGUGGUGUCUGGUGGAGGUGGCUUUUCUGGCUCCCAGCCCAUCGGAGUGACCAAAAUUGCCAAGUCAGUAAUAGCACCACUAGCUGACCAAAACAUCUCAGUGUUCAUGCUCUCCACCUAUCAGACGGACUUCAUCCUGGUACGUGAACGAGACCUGCCCUUUGUGAUGCACACGCUGGCUGCUGAGUUCACCAUCCUCAGAGUAGUGAAUGGGGAGACAGUGGCUGCCGACGACCUUGGGAUAACAAAUGGAUUUGUCAAACCAAAACUAGUUCAGAGGCCUGUCAUUCAUCCCCUUUCCAGUCCGAGUAAUAUGUUCUGCGUCACCAGCCUGGAUCCAGAUACCCUUCCCACUGUUGCUACGCUCCUAAUGGAUGUCAUGUUUUACUCCAAUGGAGUAAAAGACUCAGUGGUGGGCAACGAAGACUCGGGACAUAUUCGCUUUUUCUCCUUUUCUCUCAUUGAGGGUUACAUCUCCUUGGUCAUGGAUGUCCAGACACAGCAGAGAUUUCCUAAUAAUUUGUUGUUUACAAGUGCAUCUGGCGAACUCUGGAAGAUGGUGCGGAUUGGUGGGCAGCCUCUUGGCUUCGAUGAAUGUGGAAUUGUCGCUCAGAUUUCUGAGCCUUUGGCUGCAGCCGACAUCCCAGCCUACUACAUCAGUACUUUUAAGUUUGAUCACGCAUUGGUACCUGAAGAAAAUAUUAACGGUGUGGUCAAUGCACUCCAAGUCAGUCAAGCUGAAAAGCAUUAGAAAUCUUCUGAGCUGGUUCCAGAUGCUUUUUAUUAUUAUAAUUAUUAUUAUUAUUAUAAUUAUUAUUAUUAUUAUUAUUCUUUUUUUCUCACAGUAUUUCUUGAAAAAUCUGAUUCCAGAGAGUGACAUGAAAAGAGACUGUGGAAAGUUGAGCAGAAACAGCUCCAAUAAGCCUUUGUUUUAAUUAUUAUUAUUAUUGUUAUUUUAUUAAAUUUAUGAAUGAGGGGCAGGAGGAAAGGGAGUUCAGGUGGUUUCCUAACAUUCAGCUCCAAGGUGAAGUGUAACCUGCCCAGUGUGGAAGGAGCUGCCGGGGGACACCCAUCUCUCCCCAAAGUGCGGCAGCAUGUAUGGCCACAUGCUCAGGCGCUCUGCCGAGACCUUCGCAGCGCGGCUGGGACGGAUGGGCCGCUUGCUCAGAGAGAACCCUGAAAACCGUAAACAAAAUGAAACGUGGAAUUAAACAGAAAAGACGUC